AUGAAAGGCUUUGGCUUUGAUUUUCUGAUGCCAAUAUCUUGGGCUCCGCUCUUGGCUGAUUGCUUCUGUUUUGUUGACGACACUGAUGUCUGCCAAGCUGCACCAUCUCCGGACCAGUCCGGUGAAUCUAUUGUCCCAGAGGUGGCCAAAGCACUGAAAUGGUGGUCCAACGGCGUCCGCCUAACUGGUGGCGCCAUCCGACCAGACAAAUCCUUUUGGUAUCUGAUUGACUUCAAGCGGAAUGCGCAACAAGGUGUAUGGAAAUUCCGGAAGAAACGAGAUUUUAAACCAUCUCUUCUUCCAACAGGCAGUUCGGAAAUUGCGGUUGAAUUAGAUGAUCUGGAUGGCACCUCUGUGCAUCUAAAGUGGCUCGAAGCGGACAAAUCGGCCAAGACUUUGGGUAUUCUGAUGUCCCCCUGCCCCAACAGGAAAGCUCAACUCGCGGUUAUGCAGGGGAAAGCAAAGGCAUGGGUGGACUAG